AUGGUUAGCCCCAAAACCCCAUUGGUACAAACUGAACUUUGGGUCUGCCAAAAUGACUGCCAAGCUGGAGGUGGAGUCAUCUAUGACCACUUGGGGAAUACUGUUGCAACUUACGCGGGCAACCUAAAUAACCAUACCAUCACUCAGCCUAAGGGAAUGGCUCUCCUAGGGGGUGUGAGAUUUGCCACAUCUAUUGGCAUUAAACAUCUGGAAAUUGAAGGCGACUUGCAGAUCAUUGUGGAAGCGGUUAGUGGUAGAUCUGCUGUCGGGUGGAAAGUGGAUCCCAUUUUGAGGGAUGCUAGGAUGCUUCUGGCUAACCUUAAUGGCUUUACCAUUCGCCAUAUUUUCAGAGAAGGGAAUGUUUUUGCGGACUCUAUGGCGGCGGUGGGAAGGCUGCAGAACGGCUUACGAUGCUAG